AAAGAAAUGGAGAUGAGGUGAACUCAAUUUCCCCUAUUAGCUAUGAGGCUUCUAUGUACAAAACAUGUUUGAGUUGCAGCAGUUUUUGGGACGAAAACCUCAAAUUGGGGUUUUCACCCCUCCAUUGCAAUCAGCUUAAGGAAUGGAAUCAAGUCUGGAUAGAUCAUAUUCCUUAAAUUAUAUGCCUAUUCAUAGGAAUAAUCAUGUCAUAAGGUUAUAAAAGGAGGUAUUGUAUUAGAACGAAGCAAGCCUAAGAAUAGACAAGUUAUUCCACCUUCUAUCAGUUUUCGAGAAGAUGAAUUCGUGCGAAGUUCUUCCGUCGACUGCAAAAGUCUCUUCUUUGAACUGCAUUGACCUUUCCAUCCCUGACAUUAAAACCUCUGCUUCUCUCCUUAAACAGGCCUGCAUAGAGUCUGGAUUUUUCUAUUUGAUAAAUCACGGAAUCAGCCAGGAGUUCAUGGAUGAAGUCUUUGAGCAAAGCAGACAGUUUUUUGAGUUGCCAUUGCCGGAGAAAAUGAAGCUCCUUAGGAACGAGAAACAUCGAGGUUACACUCCUAUGCUGGACGAACACUUGGACCCAGUAAAUCAAGCUCACGGGGAUUACAAAGAGGGAUAUUAUAUAGGUAUUGAACUGCCAGAAGAUCAUCCAGAAGCAGAAAGAUCAUUCUAUGGGCCAAACAAGUGGCCAACUGAAGAUAUCUUGCCUGGAUGGAGAGAAGCUAUGGAGAAGUAUCACCAACAGGCAUUUAAGGUGGCAAAAGAAAUAGCAAGGAUCAUAGCUCUUGCACUGGACAUGGAUGUUGAUUUUUUCCAGCGGCCCGAAUAUCUUGGCAAUCCUAUAGCCACUCUACGCCUGUUACAUUAUGAAGGUAAAUGUUCUGAUCCCGCUAAGGGAAUUUUCGGAGCUGGUGCACACAGUGAUUUUGGUUUUAUCACGCUCUUAGCAACCGAUGACAAUUACGGCCUUCAGAUCUGCAGGGAUAAGGAAGCUAAUCCUCAGGUUUGGGAGUAUGUAGCGCCAUUGAAAGGUGGAUUCAUAGUAAACCUUGGUGAUAUGCUGGAGCGGUGGAGCAACCUUAAAUUCAGAUCAACAUUGCAUCGCGUAUUGGGAAAUGGUCAAGAAAGAUAUUCAAUUGCAUUUUUCUUGGAGCCUAGUCAUGAUUGUAUAGUUGAAUGUCUGCCAACUUGCCAAUCAGAUGACAUUCCUCCCAAGUUUCCUCCAAUAAAAUGUGAAACAUACCUACUUCAACGAUACAUGGAUACACAUGUUGAUCUGAAUUCAUACAAACAGGAGUAAGCCACAAUCUCAGAGGUUGGGAGGAUCAUAUACAAAUGUAAUGUAGUUCUCUUUGAACUUUUCAGUGCUAUUACAAUAACUUGUGGAAAUAUGCAAAAGCUGCCUCUGUAAAUAUAAUGGUCUGUGGCAACUGGCAAGUCUUUUAGGUAAUAAUGAGUUAUGGUCUAACUCGAGGGUUAUGUUCAUGUAUCCCAAGUUCAAGAAGUUGCUCAUAUGUGAACAUAUUCGUGCUGUAAGCUGUGUUGGAUCAAGAUAAUCUUUGUGUAAGGAUAAAAUACACGUAGUAAUAAAUAAA